AUGGUGAAAAAUGUCAAACUACAAUUUCUCGAGGUGUUCCUCAUUGAUUUUGUUCAUUCAACACCAAUCGCAUUGGCAAUUUUCGCAGGUCUUAUGCACGUCUGUUUUGCUCCUUUCAAGCACACAUUCAUAGUUCUUUCCUUUUUAUCUCUGGGAUGCUGCUUGACAACUUUUGCGUUUUCGAUUUUCGAAAAAUGGAUCGUUACGAAAAUUCCAACAGAAAGGCAAAGAGCUUCCGGGCGGAGAACAUUUGAACGAGAUGAAACUAUUCAAACUUCUCAUCGAAAUGUAUGGAGAAGUCCACUAGAAUCCCUGGCUCUACAAGUUGUAUUCUCCCGAAUUGUUGCUGAUGGAUGGACAGAUUUCGAUAGAACUCCUGGAACGGAAAAGAGUGAUGAAUCUUGGUUCGCAGUGCUCGUGGAAAUGAUUGAUUUUUUGGAUGUGGUAAUGAAGUCGGCGAAGAAUUCAAUCAUCAAAUCUUAUACAGCACUCUACUGUCAAUUGUACAGUCAAGUAUUGAAGAACAGUCAGAAGUUUGUAAGGAAUAGUUUGAACGCUGUAGCUUCGCCGACACUUAGUGUUGAAAUCGAAAGGGGAUUCAUUCUUCGUCGUCACAAAUUGAGUCAGGAUGUUUCUCGAUUAGUAGAUGGGAUGAAACGAAAUGAGUCGUAUUUCUCUAUGCUAGCAGCUUCUAUCAUCGGAGACGCUGUUUUCUAUGGAUCGGACUGUCUUUUGGCCAUGUCGAAACUUCAUUCAUUGGCUGAUAAAAACGCACCCGGUCUUCUUGCGACCAAUCUGCCGAUGGUGGAAAGAACGAGAUACGAUAAGUUCUUGUCUACGAUUACAAGGGCUUCCAAGAGAGUUUACUAA